AUGCAACGCUCCCUCUUGCGCCCCUUGUCAAGGUCAAUGCGAGCAGGCUACGCGACGCACGCCCCCUCCUCUGCCGCCGCCGCCGCCGCCGCCGCCACGCCCGCCGCGACCGCGUCCCCUUCCGAGCGAUACGACCCCGAAGAGGAUCCUCAACUCGCCGACAUGGGAUGUGAGUCGGGCCAGACAGUCGUACAGGAGCGCGGCGCAACCGUCAACUCACACCGAUCAUCGCAACCACAAUUCAGACCCCAAGCUGUACACCACCUCGCGCCAGUUGAGGAGCCCGCGGGGCUGGUGGGACAACCAGGAGAGGAUCAACUUUGGCGAACCUGCAAGUGCUGCACCAGCUAGCUGUAUACCCAUCCCAUUCACUCGGCUACCUCUCAUACUUUGGUUGGCAUGCCGUCGCCGCCCGCCCGCCGCUUUCGAACCCACCCCGUCCUCUCACUGCUGCACCGUCCCGUCGACUAACACCCCGCCUGCCCACCCCCUCACAGGUCCCAGAAAACGACGACAUCCAAUCCAUGUGGGCCCCGGACGUGCACUCGAUCAAACCGUCCUCCGCGCUGCUGCAACUCGCGACCAUGUUCGGCGUCCUCGGUCUCUUUGCGGGUACGGUCUACUUCUUGAGGCCAGCGCCGCCUGCUGUACGUUCCAAAAAAAGUUCAAUUGGGAGGGCGUAUGGGGGUACUUUUCAGAGGGUGUGGUUGCUGAUGAUAUGUUGCGCGCGCGGUUUGGAUGGUCCAUGAUGUAGAUGCCGAGAACUUACCCUACCGACCCGUCCGAGAGGGCCAUUCACGUCAGUGCACUCUUGCUUUGUGGCGCCUCACUCGAGCUCCUUCCUUGCUCACCACACUUUACACACGUAUCCUUUCUUCCCCCCCUACAGGCUCGACCCGAUAGCGCCAACGAGAUUGAAGACUAG